AUGGAAUUCUUUAGCAAAACCAAGGCGGUGAGACUGAAGAGCCAUAUGAACAAGUACCUCAUCGCCGAUGACGAUCAGAUAUCCAUACGGCAGAGUCGGAGCGGGGUCACCACAAACGCGUGGUGGUCAGUCGAGGUCGUCGACUCCAAUCCCCACGCCAUCAGACUAAAAGGUUGUCAUAACUGCCACCUAACCGCCUCCAGCGUUCCUUUUCUGCUAGGCAUGACCGGACUCAAAAUAUUCCAAACUUUACCAGAAAGCUACAGCAAGGAUCCGGCGACCGAGUGGCGACCAAUAAGAGAUGGUUUUCAGGUGAAAUUAAAAGCUCACCAAGGAACAUAUUUGAGAGCUAACGGCGGAACGCCGCCGUGGAGGAACUCGGUGACGCACGAUUGUCCGAUCGUUGGCGCAACUCAUAAUUAUUGUAUCGUCUGGGAAGUGGAAACCGUGGAGUUGCUGGAGAAUGAAGCAGUGACGGAUUUUACGUCGACUGCGUCAAGUUUUUCGCCAUUUCCCUGUGAGAUGUCAAGUCUAGAGUUCGAUUGUUUUGGAUCUCCGGUUUCCUUCAGGUCGUGGUUCGCCAUUUCGGUGUCCGCGUCAUCUCGGUGGCUGUCGACGGAGAAGGUACGAACGCUAAGAGAUUCAAUUUCACGAUAUCACAAGGCAUAG